AUGACCGACAAUUUGACCAACCCGCCGACGCAAGAAAAACCUCACAUUCGACUUAAUUCGGGUCAACAUGAACCGCUUGAAGACAUGGAGAAUGAGAACCCGCCACCACGGCCACAGUCCAUCGGACGGGCCUUGACACCAGGAAUGAUGACGUCGAACUCAUCACAGACGAUACCAACCGUAUACGGAUCACCCGUCGCUCAAGAUUCAACAGAGUUCCUCAUACCGCCGAAACCCUCUCGGCGUCGCGAAGACUACGACAGCGUGGCCUCGCCAAAUCUGUCCAUGGUCUCGUCGCGGCGAACGAGCUGGAGCUCUGGAGAUACUCGAAAAUACUCUUACACGCGAAUGGAGGAUUCUCGAGCACCGUCGCGCGCAGGGAGCGACGAAAAUGAUGUAAACACGCAAACUGUUACCGAGAAAUUCAACAUCAUGCCGACGGAGGGGUUACUUCUGUUCCCGGAGGAUGUGGAGAAAGAUGAUUACCUGCACAAUCCUGACCCUAAUGAGCGGGAGAAAGAGUGCGAUAUUUGGAACCGUCGAGGGAUGAUCAACGUCGGUGGGCUCGUUUUGCUGACUCUGGGAUUUCUGGUCUUGUUCGUCGGCUAUCCUGUAAUAACUGCCGCGAAAAAUUUACACAAAGGGGGAAACCCGGUAUGCGAAGCUGGGGACACACUCUGUCUUGACGUAGGGGAGCGACCGGUGCUCUCCAACCUACGUAAAGGGCUAAUAGAUCCCGACACGCCGGAAUCUGCGAAGACGAAGACGUCUGUGGACGGCAAGGAGUGGAAGCUAGUGUUCUCGGAUGAAUUCAACACCCCUGGACGCACCUUCUACGAUGGAGAUGACCCGUAUUACCAGGCAGUGGACAUCUGGUAUGGUGUGACACAAGACUUGGAGUGGUACGACCCCGACGCCGUAACGACAAGGGAUGGCGUUCUUGAAUUGAGGUUUGAUGCGUUCAAGAACCAUGAAUUGAAGUAUCGUUCCGGCAUGGUUCAAAGUUGGAACAAACUCUGCUUUACGGGAGGUCGUCUAGAAGCCAGUAUAUCCCUGCCCGGCUCCGGCGAUGUCUCUGGUUUCUGGCCGGGUUUCUGGGCCAUGGGAAAUCUCGGCCGCCCUGGAUAUGCCGCGACAACCGAUGGUAUGUGGCCAUACAGUUACCAUGAUAAGUGCGAUCCAGGGAUCACUCCCAACCAAAGUUCUCCGGACGGAAUCAACUUCCUCCCCGGAAUGCGUCUUCCAGCCUGUACAUGCGACGGGGGAGACCAUCCGACCCAAGGGAAAUCCAGAAGUGCACCAGAGAUCGAUGUGAUCGAAGCCAGUGUGAUCCCAUUGAACGACAAUCCUAACGCGGUCGUCGGCUCUGUAUCGCAAAGUUUGCAGAUGGCCCCGUUCGAUGUCUGGUACAUGCCUGAUUAUGACUUCACCGCUGUUUAUGAUCCGACGAUCACGGAAAUCAACGACUACCGCGGAGGUGAAUUCCAACAAGCAAUGUCCGGCCUCACCAACUUGAACAAUGGCUGGUACAACGGCUCGGAAUAUCAAUCCUAUGCCUUCGAGUACGCCCCGGGCGGCGACGGCAAUGUCACCUGGUUCGUUGGUGCGGAUAAGACGUGGACGCUCGACGGCCGGGCUAUAGGCCCGAACGGCAAUGUUGGCCAGCGUGUUAUCCCGAUGGAGCCGUUGUCGAUCGUGAUGAACUUGGGAAUGGCGUUGAGUUUUGCCGCCAUUAACGACUCCAUCAAGAGCUAUAUGCCCGGAUAUAUGCGGUUCGAUUACGUCCGCAUCUAUCAAGACCCGGAUGAUGUUAGUGUUACUUGUGAUCCCCCGGGGUACGAGACGACCGAGUACAUCAAGCAGCAUCCCGAAGCGUAUAACAAUGUGAAUAAGACUACCUGGAAGGAUGCUGGCUACGAUUGGCCAAAGAACUCCUUUAUGCAUGGGUGCUAACCUUGUUACCUGUAAUCGUUUCCUUCUUUUCUCUUCUCUUCUCAUUGUACACGAUUGACGAGACCUUCCGAUUCAAUCCCGACAGCCAUCUCGCACCAGUCUUUCGUGAUCACACAUAUCUUCUUUUAACUACUUGUGGCAAUCUGUAUGAUCUGGGCGACGGGCAGCAUCUCAUGUUGACGGUCUUUGUGUCUCAUAACCUUUCUCACUCCAGCUGGUCCUCUUUAUGGUGUCGCCGUUUGUUUAGCGGCAUUGAUUCUCCGGUGUUGGGGCGUGUCGGGUUGGAAUUCUGGCUCAUUUUUCUUCUUUUUCUUUCCCCCCAUUUGGGGUAGCUGGGCUGGGGUUGGCCGCUUUGCAUAUUCUAG